AUGGCGUCAGAGGGAGCUCUUCCAACUGCACUCAAUAGAUCUAGGAGUAUUCCUUUCCCCGGUGUUGUGACCUGGGUAAGCCCAGAACAGCCCAACUACAUCAAGAUGUUGACAACCCUCCCUGAGAUGCAGAUUGCGGUCACUGAAGAUAUAGACCAAACUAUCAAACUGUGGGACUGUCACAACAGGGACGCUCUGGUGACUAACAAGCUGCUCUUUCCCUGUCAAACAGUGAAAGCUGUCUUUACAAAGUAUAGCCCGAUUGUCUUGGCAGGUGGUACCGAGAGUGACCUCUCCAUCUUUAGGAUUCCAGACUUACACCUCAUUUCCAAAGUCCAUGUAUUCCAAUACGGUAUUGAAGAACUCUACUGCUCUCCUCAGAAGAAAUGGGUCUUUCUGAGUAAGAAACACCCACAUAUCUUGCCAAAAGUAAGACACUUGGUAGCAAGUUUCGAGUUCCAAGAUAUCGAAGACAGCCUGGAAUGGAUGGGAGUCAGUGACAAGAACGUGAUUGUCUGUUCAACUCUAUCCUCUCUCUUGCUCUUUAGCAUGGAGGGCUGCCAUCUGCAGAGAUUUCAGUACUACCCAGAAGAGAUCUUGAGUCUAUGGGUGGACCCUGUUUAUGUCAUCGUCACCUUUAUUGAUGGCUCUUUGGAGGUGUACACAUGGGAGGAGAGAAGCCUGCUGCUCAGGAGGUGUUAUCGGCUGACAAACAGGAGACAUUUGACAUGGCAGUG